AUGGAGUCUGAGUUGAAGUUAAAGUUAGCUGGGCGUCCUGCGGUGGUACACCAGGAGCUAAGCCCUAUGCAUGAGGAACACAACCUGUAUGCCAGCAGCCUUUUUAUGGAAGCCGAGUUGGAAGGCCAGAAGUUCUUCAAAAGACACUUUAGACAUAUGAUGGAGCCAGGGGACGGGAGCGUCAUCAGGCUGACGGCCGCCAAUAACAGAGAGAUGGACAUCCGAGGGAUAGUCUGGAUGCGGGUCCGAAUGUUUGGACAAGACGUCGGCAAUAAGGGGAUCGUGCUGGUGGAUCAUCCAUCCUGGAAAGAAAUGGACAUGACCCUAGGAGACAUGAACUCAUCACAAGCCUCUGGCUCGAUCCCUCCUGAGUUUCUUCUAGUAGGUCUCUCAUGGCUUGAGGGCAAGAAGCUUCCUGCAUCUCUAUUGUUCCUGUUGAUGUACUUGGUGGUCAUCUUCAGUAACUGUACCAUUAUGGCACUCGUCAAGACAGAUAAGAAGCUCCAGAAACCAAUGCAUAUAUUCAUAUCUCUGCUGGCUCUAGUAGACCUCAGUGUAUCCACCUCAGUCAUUCCAAAAGUCUUGACUAUUCUGUGGUUUGAUUCCAACACAAUCACCAGUGCUGGAUGUCUGACUCAGAUCUACGUCCUUUACAGUAUGUUGAGUCUCCAGUCUUCUCUCUUUGCUCUCAUGUCCUUUGACCGUUAUGUGGCUAUCUGUCACCCACUCAGGCAUUCUACCAUAAUGAGCCGAUCCUUCAUGAUUAUAUCUGUGGCCUUCAUUGUGUCACGUACUUCAGUCUUCAUAAUUCCUUUGCCGGUGAUAACAGCCAGACUGACUUUCUGUAAAGUAAACAUUAUUUACCACUCAUAUUGUGAAUAUGUUGAACUUUUAAAGCUUUCCUGUGGAGACCUGCAGUCGUGUUUCAUCCACAUGGCCAUCCUUAUCUGCAUCUUCCCAGGCGGAGACAACAGCCUCAUGAUUUUCUCUUAUGUGCAGAUUUUGAGGGUUGUUUACAUGUUGAAGUCUCCCCAAGCUCGGUGGAAGUCCCUCAGCACUUGUACUUCCCAUGCCAUUCUGCUGUCGUUAUUUUACAUGUCGUCAUGUUUGCCUCUUUAUCUCUUUCUUUUUUAUCCUAAUUCUCCCCUUUAUGUCAAGACAAUCACUGCGACCAUUAGCUUUCUUCUGCUGCCCAUGAUAAACCCAAUCGUUUAUGGAGCAAGAUCUAAAGAAAUUCAGGAUGGACUGAGAAGGGUUUACUGGAGAACACUGCUGUCUUGA